AUGUUGAUCGGCCGUGUUGGAAAUUACCUCCGAAGACUUGAGCACUCAAGUCUAUUGCCCAAACGCACUGAACAUCAAUUCAGAAGGGAUUCUGGAGCUCUCCCGCCGCCGUUGACCCAGCUCAGCGAAGAAGAACAUGCGCUGAAGGAAACUGGUAGGUAUCUGAAAUUUUUCGAUGAAAAUCAAAUCUCUCUUUUUUUGUGUUACUGUUUUAUGGGUUAUUCUUUCAAGUUCGAAAAUUUGCUCAUGAUUUUGUCAGGCCACUCGUCCGUAAAAUGGAUGAAACUUCAAGCCUGGAUCCAAAUAUAAUCAAUGGAGUCUUCGAAAAUGGGGUCAGUAUUUUUUGUUUUUCAUGAGGGUGCACAUACAGCGAGGGACCUGAAAAACGUACCAUUUUGCUUCUAGGAAGUAUCCAAAAUGUAGCAAAAUGCCUCCCUCUCCAAGUGAAAAACUCCGAUUUCAAAAGGCGCGCCCGCUCCUUUUGUGAGGGGAAGGGCGCGCAAAAUGGUACGUUUUUUGCCACUGGAUCAGGUCCUUCACUGUAUACUGCUGAUACAUCCUUAAUAUUUUCAUUUCUUAGCAUUUUCUUACUUAAACUAGAAUUUCAGCUGAUGGGAAUGGCGAUUCCGGAGAAAUACGGCGGUUCGGCCGCGUCUUUCUUCUCUGUUAUCCUCACCGUCCAAGAGUUGGCCAAAAUUGACGCUUCGGUCGCCCUGUUCGUGGACCUUCAGAACGCCCUGGUCACACCAUUUCUGUUGGAGUAUGGGAGUCCCGCCCAACAGGACCACUAUUUGCCCAAGCUGAACAAGGAUUGGAUUGGCUGCUUCUGUGUGAGUGAAGCCGGUUCCGGAUCCGACGCGUUCGCCAUGAAGACCACCGCCAAAGAGGAUGGGGAUGAUUACGUGAUUAACGGGCAGAAAAUGUGGAUCACCAGCUCGGGGCACGCGAAUCUGUUCUUCGUCAUGGCCAAUGCGGACCCAGCAAAGGGACACCGAGGGAUUACGUGCUUCUUGGUGGAAAGAACAGCCAAGGGGCUAAGUGUGGGGAAGCCGGAGGACAAACUCGGCCUGAGAGCAUCGUCGACCUGCCCCAUCAAUUUUGAUGACGUCAGGGUCCCGAAAUCGGCGAUUCUGGGGAAGGUCGGGCAAGGCAAGAGUUCUUUCGCAAAAUAAUAGGUUCGAUAAAGAAUUCUGGAAAUACAUUUUCGUUGUAGAACAGUCAAGAUAUCCACGGACACGGUAAUUAGAAUUUAUUUCCCUUUUCAGGCUACAAAAUCGCGAUUGGCGGGCUGAAUCACAGUCGGAUUGGGAUUGCCGCUCAAAUGUUGGGGUUGGCGGAGGGAUGCUUCGAACAGACCAUCCCCUACCUCCAAGAACGCAAACAAUUUGGCCAACGUCUCAUCGACUUCCAAGGAAUGCAGCAUCAGAUCGCGGAUGUGGCCACGGACAUUGAAGCCGCUCGCCUUCUCGUCUACAACGCCGCCCGUCUCAAGGACGCUGGAUUGCCCUAUAUUAAGCCCGGAGCUAUGUCCAAGUACUAUGCGGCCAAUGUUGCGGCCAAAACGACCUCAAAAUGCGUGGAAUGGCUGGGCGGAGUGGGAUUCACCAAGGAGUUCCCGAUCGAAAAGUAUUACAGAGACUGCAAAAUCGGCGCCAUCUACGAAGGGACCAACAAUAUUCAACUCAGCACCAUCGCCAAGUUGAUUGACACUGAGUUUAGACAGUAA